CAAACUUCCGGUUACAGAUUUUUCAAACUUUUAAAAAGUUUCUACUUAUUUAGUCCUUACAUUAAAUAUACGUAUUUUUAAUUAAUGUUAACUAUCUACAAUGAUUGGACAAAGUCUUGCACUACUUGCUGGAGUGUUUGCAUCUCUAGCAACCGUCGCAGGAAAACUUGCAAUGUCCAGUGAAAUUGCUGAUUUUUUCUUGGGCCUGUGUCAGAAGCAAAUGUCAUCUGAAAUGAAUCCUCAAUGUGGAGAGAUUAUCUUCGGAUUAAGGGCAAUAUUCUUUGGAAUGAUAUUCCUAUUCAAUGCCAUAAUGUGGACAUUGUUUACAAAGUCCCUUCAGAAGUGCUCAUCGUCGCUUGUUGCCACAGUCACCAAUACAGCUUCAAACUUUUUUACAUCGGCAUUAUUGGGUAAACUUUUAUUUGGUGAGAUCCUAACAUUGCGUUGGUGGUGUGGUGCUUCAAUGAUAGUUCUAGGGCUGUUGUUGAUUCACAGAGGAAGCCCAAAGUCAAAGGAGUCAGAUGACAAAGGCAAGAAAGUGUCUUAGGUUUAACCACGGAGAAAGCUGUCAACAGAGAAAUCUUGUGACAAGGAAGUACAGUACAAUGGAAUUAGAUGCUUUGCCUACAUGUCUGGUGCUCUGCUCCUUCAAUUGGAACAAUGAUGUGUAAUUCCAGUGUUGCAAGGAAAGACUGGGUGGCCUUAAUUACCCUGAUAAUGCCCAAGAACAUUUGCACCAUCAGUGUGUUGGAACAAUAUAUGAGUGCAUUAUUCUUCUGAGAAAAUUUAAAUGUAUUAGAAUGGAUAUAGAGCAUGUUAGCUAAAUUUUAUUUCCUCAAAGAUAAAUGAGAGAUGAUGAACCUCAAAUGUAUAAAAAGUAUACAAAAAGCCACAUGUCAUGGAAUUAUGAGAUAGAAAAUAUUGUAAAACUUAGUUUCAAUCUGUGUAUCAU